UUCAGCGGUGCCCACCGGAACGUUUUGAUGUAGCACACGCAUACGGCGCUGAUACGGAACUGCGGCGCGCUGAUAAACAUCCUUCACACCAGAUUGAAAAUCUGAGCUGCGGCAGCUUUGGGGAACUAAUUCUCAUAUCAUGGCAGUUAGUGCGGUACAUUUAGAGUCCGACGCGUUCCUUGUCUGUAUGAAUCAUGCUUUGAGCACGGAGAAAGAAGAGGUUAUGGGACUGUGCAUUGGCGAGGUCGACACCAACCGCAUUGUCCACAUUCACUCCGUCAUCAUCCUCCGACGAUCAGACAAGAGGAAAGACCGUGUGGAGAUUUCUCCAGAGCAGCUCUCUGCAGCCUCGACUGAAGCCGAGAGGUUGGCUGAGAUGACUGGACGCCCUGUGAGGGUGGUAGGAUGGUACCACUCUCAUCCACACAUCACUGUGUGGCCAUCGCAUGUUGAUGUGAGGACUCAAGCAAUGUACCAGAUGAUGGAUCAGGGUUUUGUUGGUCUCAUCUUUUCUUGCUUCAUUGAGGAUAAAAACACCAAGACAGGCAGAGUUCUGUACACCUGUUUUCAGUCAGUGCAAGCCCAGAAAGGCUCAGAGUAUGAGAGAAUUGAGAUUCCAAUCCAUGUGGUUCCACAUGAGGCCAUUGGCAAAGUGUGCCUGGAGUCUGCUGUCGAACUCCCGAGAAUCCUUUGUCAGGAGGAACAGGAUACAUACAGAAGGAUUCACAGUUUAACUCAUUUGGAUCCGAUAACAAAGAUACACAAUGGAUCAGUGUUCACUAAAAAUCUGUGCAGCCAGAUGUCGGCAGUAAGCGGGCCACUGUUACAGUGGCUGGAGGAUCGGCUUGAGCAGAACAAACAGAGCGUUGUCGAGCUACAGAAAGAGAAGGAGAGACUGAUACAAGAGCUGGCUUCCUUAUGAAGAUAACAAAAGGGAGAAUGUAAUUUUAGCCUCUGUGUUCCAAGCUCAUUUUUGUUUCUGAAAUUGCUGUUGCACUGAGAACAGUGGCCUUUCUGCUACAUUGCCAUUCUCAGAUCAGUAGACACUGGCUGUGGGGAAAUGAUGGAAAUGAUUGGAUGGCAGACAGUAAGAAGAGGGAGAUGGGUGGAGGAGAAGGAGAGAUAGAAUGUCUAACUUCUCUUUUAUUUUACCUCUGGGUUUUCAAUCUCUGGCAAAUUUUCCAAUAUGAGCCAUGACUAUUUACUCCCUCAUCACUGACUGCACCUUCUUUUUCUUCUGUUUAAACUUUAUUUUGAUGCCACACACUUACAGUAGUCAUUAUCUGGUUUAGUUGUGCUCUUUUGCUACGUUUCUAACACCAUGUUUUUACCCAUCUGCAGAUGAUAUGCUGGGUAAUUCAGAUUAAAGGCCCAGUGUUUUGGUACUGCAGCAACAGAGGCCCCUCUAAGAAGUGGGCUGUCAGGCUAGACCAUGUGUCAGACUCUGUUCCUUACAGGCCACAGCUCUGAGACUUCAGCAUUCUGAUUCACCUGAUUCAACUCAGUAACCAAUUAGCAAGUGAAUUCAUUAGCAUAGGCGAAAUGCUUAUCUCUUCAGAGCUGUGGCCCAGAAGGAACCAAGUGUAACAUGCCUGUGCAUUAAUCCUGGUUGUGACGUAUCCCUGUCCUUCAUGUUUUUGUGUUUUCCCUGCUCUAAGGCCAGUGCUUACUGGAUGCACCAUGCCGCAUUGCAUCCAGAAAUUCAAAAACAUUUUUAAUAAACAUAAACUGGCACUGAUGUGAGUCAGCACUCACUGACUCAGAGUACUGUUCAUUUGCUCACAGCGUUUUGCUAUCACUGCAUUAAAUCAAACCCAGAACCAGACCACAGAAGCUACAGUAGAUGACACUGGCAUGAAAUGUACAGUGGAGGAAGGCGGUCAUUCUAAAGUCAUUAAGAUAAGCGGACAAAUGCUAAUCAUCUUUUACUUCAGCUAAGGUUACUAGCCUUUUUUCACUUUGUAUUUUUUUCCAUACAAAACAGUGAAUUUAUGAACAGUUAGUUAGAUGGUUGCAAAUGAGAUAAAGGCAUAAAUAAUGUUAAGUUUUAUAAAAGUUCUGAGUAUAAAAAUGAGCUUGACAGUUAAUGAUAUCUCACUGCGACACGUUUUGUCUAGUGUGGUUGUGCUUUGUGCUGUAUCAGCUAUGUGAUGCUACGUAGCUUAACACACCCAUUUCAGCUCAGAAAGAGCAUGUUAAUGAGUUGAUUAGUUGGGUCUGGUGUAUUAGAGCAGGGAAAACUCUGAAUUGUGCAGUUGCAGGAGUGGUCAAAAGUCCUGUUAAACACACAGGAACACUAAACUGAGAACUUUUGGACUAGCAAAAGGAGCAGGGUUUGAGACUGUCUCGCAGCACGGUGUUUGGUCUCCUUAAAUAUGCCUGAUCAAACUCAUAUUUUGCUUAGUAAAGCCAUCAUGAGUUGAAUUCAGCAUUAGUGUCAGCAACAGUGAUGCCGCUGUGCUAGACACACAGCCCUUCAGCACUUCUGACAGACUAUAAAAGCCAUAAACAGUAUAAAAUUAUUCGAAAUGUAUCUCGGAUGUAGUCACUGGAAAAUAUUAUAUGUGACAAAAUUUGCCCUAUAUGACGAAAAUGCAAAGUGGUUCUCUGUACGCUAUAUGUGUUUUGUUUCUUCUUCACCAUAUUCUCAUCGAUACUAUCUAAGGGCAAAAUGUGGAGUACUGUUUUUCUGGUGCUUUUCUUUGAUGUCCAUAAGCUGUAAAAAGGUUGAAUGUAGAAAAUCGUCAGAUUAAAUUGUUAAAUAAAAAGGUGAAUUACAAACAGUA